AUGGGUAUAAUAACUCAAGAACCUCCAUAUUAUAUGGUAUCUUUUAUAUCUAAAUUUACAUCAGAUAUAAACCAUGAAGAGUAUUCCGAAAUUGCUCAAUUAAUGGUCUCAUUAGCUCAAAAACAACCAGGUUAUCUUGGUGUAGAUAGUGUACGUGAUCCAAUUACCACUCAAGGUAUAACUAUAAGUUAUUGGAAAGAUAAAUCAUGUAUUCUUAAUUGGAAACAAAAUAUUGAUCAUCAAUUGGCUCAAAGAAAUGGAAAAGGAAAAUUUUAUUCUCUAUUUCAAGUCAAAAUAGCUAAAGUUGAAUCUGCGUAUGAGUUUAAUAAAGAUGCAUAG